AUGGGUCCGGAGUUAGCCACGACGCCUGCUGUAACAACACCCUACGCACAAUCUGUGUUGUCGCUGAGACGGACCUCCACCUCUUCCUUGCAGAGUUUUGAAGACGAUGUCUCACUUGGUACAUCUCCGGUGUACUCUGCAUCAUCCAUAUCCAUUCCUUUUGAGGACGGUGACGUAGAUGUUGUUCGCGUAGAAGGAUUGCACCAUGCAAAUCAGAGACUCGAAGCACGGCGCUAUAAGUCUGCGUCCUUUGCGCAACAGUUGCUGGACAUCCUUCACGCCCUCAGAACGCCUUCGUGGAUACACCCUGCUAUUAUUCCAGAGAACAUCCAGAUACAGAAAGUAUCAGGCUCUCUCACAAACGCUGUCUUCUUUAUCUCAUGUCCCUCGGUGCCGGGCACCCGCGUCCUUCUGCUCCGAAUUUACGGCCCCUCUUCCGGGUCGUUAAUAUCUCGCCCUCGAGAAUUACAUACAUUACACGCUCUCUCGUCACAGUACCACAUAGGGCCUCGUGUGUACGGAACCUUCGAGAACGGUCGCGUUGAGGAGUACUUCGAGUCCACCACGCUCACAGCUUCUGACAUGCGCGAUCCAAAAAUCAGUUCAUGGAUAGGUGCUCGCAUGGCAGAGCUUCAUGGCGUCGAUAUUGCUUCCGUUGAGCCGACUCUUGCGGAUGAGAGUGAAGGCGACGGUUGGGAGCUUGCGGCGAAGAGGAACGUGAAGUCAUGGCUUGGUUUAGCCCGUGAUGUUCUUGCGUUACCAUUCGCCCCAGAAGAUGUUCGUAGGCACCUGAAUUUGGAUGCUUUUGAAUGGGAAUGGGAGCAGUACCUUCGCUGGUUAGCUGAGGAGGAGAAGCGAAUCGGCGCCAGCCCAAGGGUGUUCGGUCACAAUGACGCACAGUACGGAAAUCUUUUGAGGCUGAAGACGCUGAGACCCGGGACUCUCGCACAUCGACAGGUGAUUGUAGUCGAUUUCGAAUAUGCCUCCCCAAAUGCCGCAGCAUAUGACAUCGCAAACCACUUCCACGAGUGGACGGCCAACUACCAUACCGAGAUGCCGCAUAUCCUGCACCCAGAGCGCUAUCCCACUCCCGAUCAGAGGCGCAACCUCUACCGUGCCUAUAUCUCACAUUUCAUCCCUCCAAACGACAUCAAACGGCCCAGCGUACUGUCGGACGAGCAGAUCGAGGCUGAUUUGGACACGCUGGACCGCCAAGUACGGGCUUGGAGCCCUGCAUCUCAUGCAGUGUGGGCUAUAUGGGGUGUCGUCCAAGCUAGGGAGACGGUCGAAGGGAAGGAUGGGGAGCCUGAGUUCGAUUAUUUGGGGUAUGCUCAGUGCCGAAUGGAUGGUUUCCGCAGGGAGAUUCGUGCCCUGCAGCUUUGA